ACAAACCGUAAGUCAAGUCGCUACCUCCUCUCACACACUGAUCCGAGAUGCCUGUCGACUACAAUGGACGCUGGGAAAUGGUGACCAAUGACAAUUUCGAGGAAUUCAUGAAGGCCCUCGACAUUGACUUUGCCACCAGAAAGAUAGCUGUCCGCCUGCAUCAGACUAAAGUGAUCGUCCAGAACGGUGACAAGUUUGAGACCAAGACCCUGAGCACCUUCAGGAACUACGAGGUCAACUUCACUGUGGGGGAGGAGUUUGAGGAGCACACAAAGGGUCUGGACAACAGGAAAGUCAAGACCCUGGUUAACUGGGAUGGGGACAAACUAGUGUGCGUCCAGAAGGGGGAGAAAGAAAACCGUGGUUGGAAACACUGGAUCGAGGGUGACAUGCUACACCUGGAAUUCACAGUACUCGACAAAGUCUGCCAUCAAGUAUUCAAGAAGGUGCAAUAAAACGGAAAGGGGUCGAUGUCUGUACUACAUUGUGUCAUGCUGCUGUGUUUUGAAUGUGGAGAGCUGUAAUAAAAUGUUUUAGUAAAACCUU